CCCUUCAUCAGUGCUAACAAGUUUGCAAACUAAGUAAUCGUUGGAAAAACCGCAUAAUUUCACUGAGAUAUUUCUUCGAUGUUUUUUUCGAUUUUUUGCCGGCUUUUGAUAAUUGAAUUGUUUUUGUGGAAAAUGUUUAAGAAAAUACGUUCUGUAACGGGCGAAUGUAAUAAUAACAAUGGAAAGAAAAUUCAAAGUGGAAAAGAAACGAAAAUACGGCUUUAUUAUUUGCCAAAAUGUUGAAUUAUUGAUGGUAGAUAUGAAGUGUGAUGCAGCAAAAGGGAUACGUUUAAUGUUUCUACUUUUUAAAUCUGCGUUGCCUUCCGUUUCGUAAAAUUGAAUCGGAAUCCAUUCUUUUUUUUCAGAAAGGAACGAAGUUUAUUUAUUUGCCUGUAUACGUCAGCAUUGAACCAACCAAGAAAUUUGUGGAAUAUGAAAAUAAUGAUCAUAAAUGAUUGAAAUUACGCCUACUGACGGCUAUAUAAAUAUUUUUUUUGUCAGCCAUCGAAAUUCAUAUGCUUUUAUAGAUUUUCGUACUGAAUUGUUUUCGUAUCGCUAUUAUCAUUACUAUGUAACAACCUAAUUAUUAGUAAAGUUAUGGGAUUUAAGCGAAUGAGGACAAAAUAACCAGGCUAGUGUGGGUGGUUCACCUUUUGAAGGGAGAAAAUGCCAAUUACGUCAGUUUAUUGAUGAGUUUCAGGCAGAAUAUUGGUACCGGCAUAAGAGUUAAAUACGUGGAAAAAGUGAAUUCACGAUGACGAGCGCGGCUAAAUGCGGUCGUCAGCUGAAACUACACAGGUGGCUCACGAUCUACAUAUCAGCUGUGCUUGACAUCUAGAUGCAUCUGGGAAUGCCUUCAUUAAAGUGACACUAGUGACUGUGGGAUAACGAAGCAGGAAAAACUGUACUCUCGCAACAAUGGGGCAAUACGAUGAAGAAACUGGCGAAACAAUCUACAGCGAAAUGGAAAACAUCUGGGAAACAGACAGGGAGACUGGUGAACCUAAUUGUAAUAAAAUCAAAUCUCUCUUCACAAAGACGAAGUUUAACGUUCCAAAGAUGUAUUUGACGAAUCCGAGAGACAAACCAACUCCACGAUGUAUAAAAGAAACCUACACGUUAGUUGACAGCAAAAAAUUUCUACAUUUCAAAGAGGAAAUAAUUCUGGGAUAUAACAAAACAAGUCAUCGCAUGUUCCUUAUUCCUUCGUUAUUUCUCUUUUUCAAAUGGACUGCGUUGUUUAUUGCGGUCUCCGAAAUAGUCCUCCAUAUUUGGGCCCAUAAAAAAAACACAACAAAUAACGACAAGAAUGUUUAUUAUCGAAGCCCUUUACAUAUACUCACCUCACAAUUCUGUGCAGUGUGCAGAUCUCACCAUGACUAUGAUCAUAUCAACCGAUUACAUGAGAAAACAAGACGAUUACAUGAAAAUCUUUCGAGGGUUUCUAAGUCAUUUAGUUAACAGAAAUCUCUUUCAUAGUACGGUAUAAUUGAUUUGCAUGUUUCCCAUUCGAUGUAAUUGUACUUGAAGUAAAGAAAAAAAAUAUGAAGAAUAAAUGCCACUGAAACCUUUUUGUAUUUGUAAUAAAAUACAUAAUUGAUCCUAAGUGUUGUGGUAAAAGUGAGUUUAUAUAUAUAUAUAGGAAAAUAAAUGCGUUAUUCUGGUACACUUC